AUGAAUCAAUCACUAGACCAAUUAUCAUCAACAAAUACUAAAUUUGAAAAAUUUAUGACCGAUAUGAUUGAAAACAGUAAGAAAAUGGAAACUAACAUACAAGAAUUGCAAAAUAAUGAACGACCAAUCAAGAUCAGUAUGGUACAACUACAAAUUUAUUCAAAAAGACAUGAAAAAUUAUUUACAAAAGUGCUUCUACCAAUGAUGAAUGAUUUGACAAAAUUUGCCCCGGACAUGAAUCGUGAUAUACAUGGUAAAUUAUUAGAUGUUGGUUUUGGCGUCACACUAGAACGAUUACAAGCAGAAUUGAACAAAGCACUAGAAGGCAAAGACUUUUGCUAG